CGUAAACGAGCAAAAAUCCACCCACGUGACUUGACAAGAUGGUCGCCUCCUGAAGGCAAACGAGACGGAAUGUCAAAUCCAGUUGUUUAUUAUUUGUAACCUUUUCUUCUUGUUAUUAUUAAUGCUCUGAUUUCCAGCAUUAGUGUGUAAUCUAAGCGGCAGUGAGAUGUUCAGCAGGGCGGUGAGGAGUGCAGCGCUCUCGGGGAGGAGGAAGCUCACGGCGGAAGGUGAACUCCUGCACCGCGGUCUCGUGCUCAGCGCGUGCGCGUGCGGUAAAACUCUCCCCCGGAGAAAGCCCAGGGACCUGCCGCAGAUCAGCGGACUGGAGCGCGUCACCUACGCCGAGAGGAAGCACUAUGUUCCCGGCUUGGCCAAGCCCGUGUUCCCGGACUGGGAGAAGGACUGGCACGACCCGGGCCGAUACCGAGCUCCUGCAGCCGAGAGCAUGGAGCUGUACAAGGAGAGACCCUGUUACAUCUACACUCAGAGAACCAACCCUCUGGAAGGUGUGAGACAGGCAUUAUGGUUGACUAAGAGUAAGCUCGUCUCAGGUUUACCUGCUCAGGUGCUGGCGUUAGUGGAGAAUCCAGCCAAUCAGCUGGAGGAUCAGGAUGCGCGAGUGCAGGACGCAAUCAGACACGCCCGCUUCUGGGACACUAACGAAGCUCGUCCUCCUAAAGAGAGAUACUGCCCGUCUCUCUUACGCAACCUGCUCCACCUGUGCCGAGGACUGCAGGUCUCCCAUCCGGCGCUGGCUCGCAGGAUGCUGGCGGAGAAGUACAGCCUGUCGGCCAGCUGGAGCAGAGGUGAGGAUCAGUUCCAGGUGCGAGGGCAGAACGGCUUCCUGUUAAACAGCAUGACUCCACUUCCUGCUGUGGCUGGAGACGAGGAGAUCCGCUCCACAUCCGAUCACGUCCUGGAGACCUUCUACCCCAUCUCCCCCACCAUUGACCUGCAGUGUGCCCACGUCUACCAGCUCCAAAACCACACCGGUUUCAGAGAGGAUUACCCAUACCCUCACGUCCACACACUCUUCGUAACGGAGGCUGGAGAUGCUCCUAAACUCCAACCCGAGCAGCUGAGAGCUAAGCUGGUGAUGUUCGCCUUCGGGAAUGCCCUUGCUCGCGCCUGCGCGCUAUACGGAGACGAGUCCAGGGUUCUGGAGAAGCCCAUGGUCGUGCAGAGCGUUGGCACCAACGGCCGUCUCUUCCAGUUCGUAGUUUUCCAGCUGAACACGACGGACCUGGAGUCGGACAGCGGCGUGAAGAACCUGGUGUGGAUCGACGCCGACCAGCAGCUCUACGACUUCGCCAAGGUCCGGCCUUACAUCAAGAAGAAGGAGGUGAAGGUUCCGGCCGGUCUGUCUGGAUAUCGUCCCGAAACUUUCAAGAAAUUCCUGGCGCUUUAUCUUCAUGGAGCCGUGAACUGAAUCCUGUGUUUUUUUUGUUUUGUUUUUCCCUCAUAUAAGUUUGAAAUCUCAUCAUAAUAUAAAAUAAAUAAAUAAACCAAAAUGUUCGAGUCCAGAAAAAAUGUCUGGGUUUGAUGAUUAGACGAAGAGCGGAGUUAAAGAUCACGGGAACGUCGUAUCAGAACAACCGGACAACUAAUAUCAGAUUUAUUAAGAUACCUUAAUAAAUAAAUA